UUGCGCCAGGUUAAGUACAACAACAGAUCUUCUUGUGUUCUCUUGGAAACAUCAAGGGGAAAGAAAUGACCCUCUUAUAAAGACUUGAAGCAUUCGUGUAUCGGUCGGACUCUGUGCUCGACAACUAUUCGCAUCCUCCGGAAUUCCCAGCGAUGGCUCUCCAGCUCGAUUCGCUCGCCUGGUUCUUUAUCAGCUUUGCUAUCGUAUGGUCAGUCUUGUUGGCCGCGGGGCUUCUGUUUCUUUUCAAGCAUCGUCAUUUACCAUGUAUCCAAAUUCGGAGACUUCCACUCCUUUUCACCGGCGUUCUUUGCUUUCAUGCGUAUGGAACGAUAUGCGCACUGGCCUAUGUUAUUGCACCUCUGGCGCCAUGUGACGCCGAAUACUGGAUCAUGAACAUCUACCUCCCGCUCGGAGCUGCCAUGUUCCAAGCCGCGAACAGCCAGUUUCUCCACGUUGCAAGCCGACAGAAGCAAUUCGCCCAGCUCGACACCAUCAAGGCCCCGAAAGCCGUGGACGAGGAGGAGUACGAAAAGUUGGCGAGGUCCCGCUUCAGGAGGAUUAUGCGCGGCCUGGAGCGGGCUGAUCGAAUCGAUCGGAUGAUGGUAUUCAUCUGCAUUGGCAUGAUUGUACAGCUACUAAUCGCUCUUUUCAUUUUCUUUGCAUCUAAGAAGUUUCACCCUAGCUACGGGGUCUUUGACUGGAACGUCGUCGGCUCGCAGAUGGAAGUUCGAAUGAAGUGCAGCAAAGGCUGGGAAUGGUGGCCGUCACUCGUUUGGCAAUUUUUCUGGGCAUGGAUCUAUGCUCCAUAUCUACUAUGGAAGUCUCGCGGCAUCCGCGAUGUGCAUGGAUGGCGCCUGCAGACCAUCUGCUGCUGUAUUGCAGGGCUUCCUGCAACACCUCUCUGGCUGGCUGGUCUCUAUGUGCCACAGAUGGCAGUCGUUAACCAAUAUAUGGUCCCUCCGACCUGGUUCGCCGUCAGCAUAUUCUUCGUAGAGGUCUUUUCGAUUGGCUUCCCUGUCAUCCAGGUCCUUAGGUCUAAAUCGCUCAACCGUGAAACUCUUGAUGCCAUCGCAUCUUGGGAGAAGCGGAAUCGAUUCGAUGUCGCCGCAGAUGCCACACUGAAAGGCUCCGACGAUUCAUCGAUGAAUAAGAGUGACGCAUACUCGGGCACAACCUUCCACUCCGUUCCCAACUCUCCUGCCGCGACGACGACUACCUUCAACUCGCACAAGUCAGAAAUGCUCACGAUGGCAGCUUUGGAGAACGCACUUCGCGUCAACCCAGAUCCGUUACUCAGAUUCGCCGCCUUGAAAGACUUCGCAGGCGAAAAUGUUGGCUUCCUGGUCAAUAUCGCUCAAUGGAAGAAGAACUGGUUCUACACGACCCAAGCCGCGGAAGACCACCUCCGCGAACAGUUCUUCAGCGCUGUGCACAUCUACGCCUCCUUCGUCUCCCUCGAAACCUCUGAGUUCCCCGUAAACCUCUGCUCCAAGGAGAUGAAGCGCCUGAACACCAUCUUCGGCCCCGCCGCUGCCGCCCUCUUCCUCCGCCCGACCUCUGCCUCCUCAUCCCACGCCUCCGCAACCCCCUUUGACGUCCUAGAAUCCGACACCUCAUCCACCACCAACUUGAAAUCCGACGUCAGGCUCGAUGACCUCGGCCGCUCGAAUUUGCGGUCCGCAGCCCAGAUGUCCGAGUUUGGAACCGGUCCCGCAGUCCCUGUGAUCCAGGUUCCGGAGGAGUUCACGACGGGCGUCUUCGAUGCCGCAGAGACGGAGAUCAAGUACCUCGUGCUCACGAACACGUGGCCGAAGUUCGUCAGGUGCAGUCAAACGGUGGAGAAUUUGUCGAAUGGAAAUGUUGAGGGUGAUGCUCAGCGUUGGAAGAAUUUUGUUCUUUGCUCGAAGUGA